CAUACUUGUUUGAUCGCAACAACGCUAACGGACAAUUUUAAUGAUAAUGGAAGCAGUUCAAUGUUCUUGACAAGCACGUAUUGCAAUGUGUAUGCAAAAUACAUCAAGUAAAUAAACAGGAAAGAACAAUAUUUGGAAAUAAGUCGGUGUGGUGCUGGUUAGAUUCACUGUGUCGCCAGACCAAGUUUUUAAGUGUUAGGCUAGUGCGGUGUUAAAAUUAAAAGGCAAAUCAUGGGUAGGGCAGAAUUUGUCAUCAUUGACUUCUAUUGACCUAAUUGUGACUGUUAUUGUAUUAAGUAGAUGGCUGACAUUUCCUACACUACAAGUCUAACGGACGCUGGCUGUGAGGAAGACACCACAAUGUAUAGGUCUAGACUUAUCUCUGGAAAUAAUAAUUUUAAUGGAUCUGUGAAAACAUGUGAUUUAUUUGUUCCUUGUUCAUAUGGAGGUGUGAAUCUUGGGAUUGAUGGCAUAGUUGUUAAAGGUGAACCUACGUCUAGAUUCUAGAUCUAGUUCUGGGACUACUUCUGGGACUACUUCUCUUUGUACUAGAUCUAGUAGUUUAAGAGAAGAUGUAAAACAUGACACUAUAGCCUGAGGGCAGAUGAAUCUGUGGAUGUUAAUGAGGAACAUCUGUCAGUAAAAGAAGAGCCCAGUUUUGAAUGGUCGUGUGACGUCAAGGCCGAGAAAAAUGGCGAACUGAACAAUCUCAGACACAGUGUAGUAAAAGAUGAACCUGUCUGUACACAGGAGGAAGACGUGAAACUUGUCAUUAAACCAGAGUGCCUCACAGAUAUAAUCUGUGCUGUGAAAACCGAACCACUAUUUGGACAUUUUCCUGACUUUGGUGAUGAAGUAAAACCAAACGUGGAGAAUUUUGUGAAAGAGGAAGUGUCAGAAUGGGAAGGUCCAGACUUUGGAGAGGUAGGAAAGACAGAAGGCCAAACGGGAGAUUUGGAGGAGACGUGACGUGUGUGCUAAGCCCGUGUUUGUUGAGGAUCACACGAGUCAGGCUGGAGGACUACAGCUGAAAAUCUCCGAUGUGAGGAGCUUGUGUAUGGUGCAAAGUUCCAGCCCGGACAUUGAUGAUGUUGUUGCAUCCAGUAGUCCAACUUCAACUUUCUCUGCCAAUACAGUCUCAAGUUUAGGAUCUGUUGUCUGGGCCAGCUGGGAUCAUGGUGAAAGUUCUGAUGUCUCGACUUACCCACAUGGCCCACUGACUUCCUGUCACCCGGUACAACAGGCAAAUGGAAUGCGGAGAAGACAAGGUGAAAGUUCAAGCUGCAGAUUUCAGACAGGACAAAGGGUCUAUCGAGAGAAUGUUGGCGGUGUUCCGAAAGAAACCUCUUCAAGUGACAUCGGUGCCAUGGAGAGAGUCUGUGACCUCCAUCGGAGUGUAGCGGACGACAAGCAGAUGUACGACGAAAAUCUCUACGAUGGUCAUGACACGAGUUUAAAUGACUGUGCUUUUGCAAGUAAAAUGAAAGCUGGUAACGUUGAUGUGGAAAGUGAUGUGUGUUGUAAGAUUGUUUCGCAGACAAGGCCAGGAAAACGUCUUCUCGGAAGUUCAACGCGUGAGUCCUGCGGCAAAAGUCGCAUGUUUUGCGAUCAUAAACUGUCCAGGGGUCAAGGUCAAGGUCGCGAUUUCAACCUUUCUUGUGCUGUGUCUUUUGCCAGUUGUACGAAUUCUACAGACUCUACUAGUACCACACCCCGAAAAGUGAACAAAGAGAUGGACGCCGGUUGCCGAGAUGUACCCCCAAGGUUUCCGGUCAGGGAAAGCAGAUACUCACGAGAACAAGCUCACAAGUGUAGUGUCUGUCUUGAGGUGUUUACAGAACUGGGUAACCUACAGAAACAGAAAAGAGCACACACAAGUCUACGGAAGCUCAAAAGGACACACACAGGAGAAAAACCUUACAAAUGUGAAGUUUGUGGUGCCACGUUUACAUGGAGUAGCCAUCUACAAACUCACAAAAGGACACACACAGGAGAAAAACCUUACAAGUGUGAAGUUUGUGGUGCCACGUUUACAUGGAGUAGCCAUCUACAAAGUCAUAAAAGAAGGCACACAGGAGAAAAACCUUACAAGUGUGAAGUUUGUGGUGCCACGUUUACAUGGAGUAGCCAUCUACAAAGUCAUAAAAGAAGGCACACAGGAGAAAAACCUUACAAGUGUGAAGUUUGUGGUGCCACGUUUACACAGGGUAGCAGUUUACAGCGUCACAAAAGAAUACACACAGGAGAAAAACCUUACAAAUGUGAAGUUUGUGGUGCCUCAUUUACAUUCAGUACCGUCUAAAAAGUCACAAAAGUACGCACACAGGAGAAAAACCUUACAAGUGUGAAGAUCGUGGUAAAAAACCUUACAAAUGUGAAGUUUGUAGUGCC